AAUAAAGCGUGAAUCUUAGGCGCCCGAACAAAUCGUGACAAAGCGGCAGUGUCUAUUCUGUCCAGCGCUGAGCUCUUUUGAUUUUUGAAGGCAGUUGAAGUGUCGUGCUGUAACAAAUUCAGUCCGAAACAGACAACCAGAGACUGACAGUGAGAGUGAAAACCAUGCCGGAGGAGACGACCACCAUAGACUACGUGAUGGAGGCAGCGUCAGGGCCCCACUUCUCGGGACUCCGACUUGACGGCCUCCUCUCAUCUCCACCUGCAUCGUCUUCCUCUCCUGCUUCCGCUGCUUCAAACCCAGCUGACCCCAACGCCACCAAGCAGCCCUUCGUCAUUGGUGUUUCGGGAGGUACGGCUUCGGGUAAGACCACGGUUUGCGACAUGAUCAUCCAACAGCUUCACGAUCAUCGGGUCGUCCUUGUCAAUCAGGAUUCAUUUUACCGUGGUUUGACACCUGAGGAAUCUGAACGGGUGCAUGAGUAUAAUUUUGAUCAUCCUGAUGCUUUUGACACCGAGCAACUUUUAGAGUGCGUUCAAAAGCUAAAAUGUGGCCAAUCUGUCCAAGUUCCGAUUUAUGAUUUUAAGAUCCAUCGACGAAGUUCUGAUACUUUCCGGCAGGUGAAUGCUUCCGAUGUAAUAAUUUUGGAGGGAAUUCUGGUAUUCCAUGAUCAACGUGUCCGAAAUCUGAUGAACAUGAAGAUUUUUGUCGAUACAGAUGCUGAUGUAAGGCUUGCUCGUAGAAUAAGACGAGACACAGUUGAGAGGGGGAGGGACAUAAACUCUGUUCUUGAAAUGUAUGCCAAGUUUGUCAAGCCUGCUUUUGAUGAUUUUGUUCACCCAUCAAAGAAGUAUGCUGAUGUGAUCAUUCCCCGUGGUGGUGAUAAUCAUGUAGCCAUUGAUUUGAUUGUGCAACAUAUUCACACAAAGCUUGGUCAGCAUGACCUCUGCAAAAUUUAUCCCAAUAUGUAUGUUAUUCAGUCAACAUUUCAGAUUAGAGGUAUGCAUACACUGAUUCGAGACCGAGAAAUAUCAAAGCAUGACUUUGUAUUUUAUUCAGAUCGGCUAAUUCGUCUGGUUGUGGAGCAUGGCCUUGGCCAUUUGCCAUUCACAGAGAAGCAAGUAGUAACUCCAACAGCAUCAGUAUAUACUGGGGUUGAUUUCUGCAAGAAAUUGUGUGGGGUUUCAAUUGUUCGAAGUGGUGAGAGCAUGGAAAAUGCAUUACGUGCAUGCUGCAAAGGAAUAAAAAUUGGAAAGAUUCUGAUUCACCGUGAUGGAGACAAUGGGAAACAGCUUAUAUACGAGAAGCUUCCCAAGGAUAUUUCAGAACGCCAUGUCCUGCUUCUAGACCCCGUCCUUGCUACAGGUAACUCUGCUAACCAGGCUAUUGAACUACUCAUACAGAAAGGAGUUCCUGAAGCACAUAUAAUAUUCUUAAACCUUAUCUCUGCCCCUGAAGGAAUCCAUUGUGUUUCCAAACGGUUUCCAUCGUUAAAGAUUGUCACUUCAGAGAUUGAUGUUGCACUGAAUGAAGAAUUCCGUGUGAUUCCAGGAAUGGGUGAAUUUGGUGAUCGGUACUUUGGCACUGAUGAUUGAUCGCAGAAAUAAGUGCAUAUUGUAGAUUGUGAUCCUAAAAUAUUUGCGCUCCUGUGGCCUUGAAAUAGAUGGUUAUACAGAAACACCAAGGAGAUUGGCUUAUGCAUCUUUUGUUACCGGAACUAUGUAGUGUGUGUUGGCGCUAUUUCCAAAUUCUAUAGUUCACUGUUUCUACCUAUAUGAUGUUCCUGUGAUGGAUGGAGGAAAA